AUGACUAUGUUUGAGAAUGUCACCCGGGCCCUGGCUAGACAGCUGAACCCUCGAGGGGAUCUGACACCCCUGGACAGCCUCAUCGACUUCAAACGCUUCCAUCCCUUCUGCCUGGUGCUGAGGAAGAGGAAGAGCACACUGUUCUGGGGAGCCCGCUAUGUCCGCACCGACUACACUCUCCUGGAUGUGCUGGAGCCUGGCAGCUCCCCGGCAGACCCAACAGACAGUGGGAACUUUAGCUUCAAAAAUAUGUUGGAUGCCCGGGUGGAAGGAGAUGUGGACGUACCAAAGACAGUGAAAGUAAAGGGGACGGCAGGACUGUCUCAAAGCAGCACACUGGAGGUGCAGACGCUCAGCGUGGCUCCCACAGCUCUGGAAAACUUGCACAAGGAGAGGAAACUGUCAGCAGACCACCCGUUCCUGAAGGAGAUGUGGGAACGCGGCGAGAACCUGUACGUGGUGAUGGAGGUGGUGGAAACCGUGCAGGAAGUCACUCUGGAAAGAGCUGGCAAGGCAGAAGGCUGCUUCUCUCUCCCCUUCUUUGCCCCACUGGGACUGCAGGGAUCCGUGAACCACAAGGAGGCUGUGACCAUCCCCAAGGGCUGUGUCCUGGCCUACCGAGUGAGACAACUGAUGGUCAAUGGGAAAGAUGAGUGGGACAUUCCACACAUCUGCAAUGACAGCAUGCAAACCUUCCCUCCUGGAGGUGUAUUCCAAAGGGUGCCUGCCACAUUAACUGUGCCCCUAGGGGAGAUGCACGAAGACUUCAAGACAUUGAAGGAAGAGGUUCAGCGAGAGACUCACCAAGUGGAGAAGUUGAGUCCAGUGGGGCGAAGCUCCCUCCUCACUUCCCUCGGCCAUCUCCUAGGAAAGAAGAAGGAGCUCCAGGACCUGGAGCUGACGCUUGCAGGGGCUCUAGACAAGGGACACGAAGUGACCCUGGAAGCACUCCCCAAAGAUGUCCUUCUGUCAAGGGACACCAUGGACGCCAUCCUCUACUUCCUUGGGGCUCUGACAGUGCUAAGUGAAGCCCAACAGAAGCUUCUAGUAAAAUCCGUGGAGAAAAAAAUCCUACCAGUGCAACUGAAGCUGGUUGAAAGCACCCUCCAGCAGAACUUCCUGCAAGAUAAAGAGGGUGUUUUCCCCCUGCGACCUGAUCUGCUCUCCUCUCUCGGGGAGGAGGAAUUGACCCUAACAGAAGCUCUGGUGGGGCUGAGCGGCCUGGAAGUCCAGAGAUCAGGCCCCCAGUACACGUGGGAUCCCGACACUCUCUCGGACCUCUGUGCCCUCUACGCUGGUCUCUCCCUCCUUCAGCUGCUAAGCAAAGGUUCCUAAUGCACCUUCUCCCUGCCUCCCUAAUGCCUUCCCAGCCUUACUGCGCUCUAUCUGUAACACUCCAAGGCACUACAGAGCCUCCAGCCUGAGGACAACUGAAAUAAAACUGAAAAAGCAA